ACGCGUCUUUAAAUAUACCAAUGAUCUAAUAAAUGAGUACGGUACGUUCGUCCUCUGAUGGCGUUACGUGGCUCGGUACCACUUCCUGAUGCUCCACGCGGCUAUCCUACCAACCCCAGCCUAUACGUCUGACAGUCGAACGCGCGAAUAUGAGACCGGCUGAUAUUUCGGCGGCUCACGGGCUCGAGCGAGUGGUGGUUUCCGGCGCGCUCGCCGGAGGCGAAGAUCCAAAAAAUCCACGGCCUCCAUUAAAGGCUUUAAGAUGGCUUCACAGAUCCGGUGGCCUCCAUGAAUGACCUGAAACAUGGCGCGGAUGUCGUCGCCGAGGAAGGAGAAGGGGGAGGGGGAUUGAAGGGAAGUGACGGAUUUGAGGAUGUUGGAAACCAAUGUAUCAAUCAUCGUCGACGACGAAGAGGCCGGCAGGAACGAGGAAGGAGGGAGCCUCGAAUUGGCACACACGUGGCACCCCUUAACAUUACUUGAGGAAAGGAGACCCUGCUCCCGGCGCACCUCUCUAAUCUCUCAUUCUCUUUCGCCACGAUGCUUCUUUGGAAAAAAAAAAAAAGAUAGGGAAAUUUAUGACCGGAUUGUACUCCUUUCUGUAUAAUUUCAAGGCUUGUUUUAUUUUUAGCUUUUAUUAUUGGGCAGACGUGAAAAAACGGUCAUGAAUGCAUUUAAGCUGAGUUGACUCGUUCCGUUUAUGCCGGCGCUUGCUCGUUUCCCCUCCUCUUCUCCUCCGCUUUCUCCUCCCACCCUCUCAUCCCCUUUGGUUACGAGAUUGCAAGUAGAGGGGGAUGAGAAACUUUUAGAAUGGUACAAAAAGUUUCUUGCUUUUUGAUUUUUAUUUUUUCUUUCAAUCUUUAGAUAGAUUGGCGGCCAAGAGAGAUGGCCUCAAACCAGAGCAUCUUGGUGCCAGUGGUUAUGUUCCACCUCUUGGCUGUAUUCUCUACCGUCACCGCCAUUGCAGGGGAUGUGCUCCAAUCUCACGGAACCACCGGCCGCAAUCUCUUGCAGGCCAAAAAGAAAUGCGAGAUAGACUUCGAGUCUAUGAACUACACUGUCAUCACGAGCCAAUGCAAGGGACCGCAGUACGACGCCAAACUCUGCUGCUCGGCUUUGAAGGAAUUUGCAUGCCCGCAUGCAGAGUCUUUGAAUGAUCUCAACAGUGACUGCGCAUCAACCAUGUUCAGCUACAUAAACCUCUACGGGAAGUACCCGCCAGGCUUGUUCGCCCAUGAAUGCAGAGAAGGGAAGGAAGGGCUUGUCUGCCUCGCGGAGCCUCCGAAGUCUGAUGAUGCUAAUCACAUCGGCCAGGGCUUCUUUCAUCUCAUACUCCUCGUAUCCGGGUUGUUCUUAGCCUUCCUCUUCAACUGAAUGCUUUCUGGCAGCUGCAAGCGGCUGCAAUGUUGUUAAUCGAUGAUAGGCGAUAUGUAUUCGAAGUAAAUGGUUUGGUGGUGAAGCAUAUCCUCGCAUUCCUCCAAAGAUCAUUCUGUGUCUGCCGGAGUCUGUAUUGAUAUUAACUUUUAUGUCGACUCUCAGUGAAAUGUGAUUUUUCAAAUAUUUAUGCGACAUGGCGUAUUUCCAGUGUA